UUCUAACUCAUACCAUUGACUCAGUAGUAAAGUUUGUAGUCAUGGCACAACAACAACAAAUGAUCAACCAGAUGGUUGCGGGAGCCGUGGAGGCUAUGGAGGCUACUGUCGAUGCGGAGUUGAACAAACUGGACAACAUGGACGAGGAUGAUUUGGAAGCUAUCAGAGAGAGAAGGAUUAAACAGAUGGCGAAAGCUCAGGAGAAGAAGCAGGAGUACAAGAACCUAGGACACGGUACAUACGACACUAUUACUAACGAGAAGGAGUUCUUUGAGAUUAGUAAGAAGAGUGACCGGGUCGUGUGUCUCUUCUACAUCGACACCUCCUUUAGGUGUAAGAUUGUAGACAAGCAUCUGACCCAGCUCUGUGAGAAACACUUUGAGACACGUUUCCUCCGUCUCAACGCUGAGAAAUCCCCCUUCCUGACUGAGAGACUGAAGAUCAAGGUUAUGCCAACAAUCCUCAUCACCAAGGACUCUGUUGUCUGCGACAGAAUAGUGGGAUUUGAACAACUGGGAAACAGCGACAACUUCCCAACCUCUCUUCUGGAAUGGAGAAUAGCUCAGAGCAAAGUUAUUAACUACUCAGGAGAUUUGACUCGGCCACCUGUUGAAGACGUCAAAGAGAAGAAAACCAUGGUUCAAAUCCAGCGUAACCUCCGACAAGAAGAAUUCAGCUCAGAUUCCGAACUUGACGAUUAGAGAGCCGACCGAGGAUUCAACGUCACUCGCAUGUAUCUGAUGCUGGUUUUCAGGGAUUUUUGUGGCCAAGAAAUGUAGACAGCAUUUACUUUUCUUUCAACACAUCUGAUUUCCCUUUUUUUAAACUUUGUAAAAAUAAUUGUCCAUAGUUACAGUUAGUAGUUAUUUUCUAUGACAUUUGAAAGUAAAUGCUGUCCCAAUUUCUUGAUAAGACUACUCAAUUGAUAUGAUAUUUGCCCUGUAAAUAGUGUUCCACUACUGUCAUUAUAUUUGUUUGUACAGAAA